AUCCAACUAAAAAACCCUAGGAGUUGCUAUGAACCACUAUAAAUACGUUUGUUAGAGGAAUCCUUUAAAACCCUAACUUGGCCUCCUCUGUUUAUUCGCUUCAGCUCAUCACUUCCCGUGCUCUCUCGUCCUCCCUCACCAAAUCAAAAUGUCUCUGGUGGCGAACGAAGACUUUCAGCACAUUUUGCGUGUGCUGAACACCAACGUUGAUGGAAAGCAGAAGAUUAUGUUUGCUUUGACCUCCAUCAAGGGUAUUGGAAGGCGUUUCGCUAACAUUGUUUGCAAGAAGGCUGAUGUCGACAUGAACAAGAGGGCUGGUGAAUUGACUGCACAGGAGCUGGACAAUCUCAUGACCAUUGUUGCAAACCCCAGGCAGUUUAAGAUACCUGACUGGUUUUUGAAUAGGCAGAAGGAUUACAAGGAUGGGAAGUAUUCCCAAGUUGUGUCUAAUGCUCUCGACAUGAAGUUGAGAGAUGACUUGGAGCGAUUGAAGAAGAUCAGGAACCACCGUGGGCUGAGGCAUUAUUGGGGUCUUCGUGUACGUGGUCAGCACACCAAGACCACUGGUCGCAGAGGAAAGACUGUAGGUGUCUCUAAGAAGCGUUGAAUGUUUCAUAUAUGUUGUCAGGCAGAGUGUUUAAUUCCUUGGUUUAUACGCAUCCUUUGCACCAGUGGAUGUGACAUUUUGUUUUGAGUUGGCCUAAAUAUCUCAGACAAAUAGUGUUUUAAUUAAUCAAUUGUUCGUUUGAUCA